AUAACGAGGAUCAUAGGAUACAUCAUAUUGUAUAGCGGCAUCAGCAAUUUCGAUGAAGAUCAACGUUGAGGUGGAGGAUCACAGGAACCUCCUGGAAUGGUCAGCUGUUUCCUUGGACAACUCUACGCUGCCAAUAGACAUGAGAUUCAAUGACGGUCACAGACUUUCCAUCAUAGUGUACAGCAUACUGAUGGUGUUCUCAUCCAUCGGUAACAUAACCGUUCUGGUGCUCAUCCUGAAGAGACGCAAGAGUUCGCCGUCGCGCAUCAACACCGCCCUCAUGCAUCUAGCAAUCGCCGAUCUUCUGGUUACAUUUUUAACGAUGCCGCUAGAGAUUGGUUGGGCCUACACGGUCCAAUGGAAAGCAGGAGAUGCGAUGUGCAGGAUAAUGACGUUCUUCAGGACGUUCGGCCUUUACUUGUCCAGUUUCGUCCUGGUCUGCAUCAGCAUUGACAGAUAUUACGCUGUACUGAAGCCUCUGCAUUUAACAGGAAUAGACAGACGAGGGAAGUUCAUGUUAUCGGCUGCUUGGAUGGGAGCAACCCUCUGCAGUAUGCCUCAGAUGAUGGUCUUCCAAGUCGAACAUCAUCCGAACAUCACGUGGUACGAGCAAUGCAUCACCUACAACGUACUGAAAACGCACACGCACGAAAUCCUGUACGCAGCUUUCGGUAUGCUGAUGAUGUACGCGAUCCCUCUGAUCGUUAUCAUCUUCACGUACGCAUCGAUCCUGAUGGAGAUAUUCAGGAAAACCAAAGAAUCUUUCGGAUCCGAUCGAAUCCGUCGCUCGAGUCUUGGAUUCUUGGGGAAGGCGAAGAUCCGUACGCUCAAGAUGACGAUCAUCAUCGUGCUCGUCUUCUUCAUUUGCUGGACGCCUUUUUACGUGAUGAUGAUGUGGUAUUGGUACGAUAGAGAGGCAGCUAUUCAUGUAGACCAGAGGGUCCAAAGAGGCCUAUUCAUUUUUGCAUGCACCAAUUCGUGCAUGAAUCCCAUCGUUUAUGGAGUGUUCAACAUAAGGACGAGACGAACGGCGAUGCAAACGAGACCCAGAUUGGCCACUCUGGAUUCCAGGCAGAGCGGAAUUUCGACUCCUACAGUCGAAUCCAAACUACCCGCAAUAGAGAUAUCACUAAGGAACCUCGAAUAGGAUACUUAAUUUAAUUAAUUACUUAAAAUCAAUUUAAUAUUUAAAUUAAACUAUAUCAGAUUAUCACUAUAUAACAGACAUUCGGAUAACGAUAUGCGAAUAAGUUAGUCAUUCAUUACUUAAGGAAACAACGCGCAGUGGACUUUAUUCUAGUAAUUAUAUAAUGUAAGUCAUCUUCCUAUUAAAUAUAAACAUGUUCAAUUAAA